AUGCGAAAGGGUGGAAGACUGCAAGGCGAUGUCCUGAGGGACCUCAGUCUGGAUAGGAUGAAAAGAGGAUUUGCAAAAGAGGUAGAGGAGUUGGAAUUUGCAGUUGGGAAGGUGGCUGGUGAGUUCGCCAGGAGCUACCUGUGUGAAAAUUUCCCUUUGAGCUGCAACUUCAUUGCUGCCAUGAAGAGCAGUCUGAAGAGAAACCAACGCUUCUCUGCUGACAUGCGCUCGAUGUCGUCUGGGCCUGCUAUGAAUGGAUUUUGUUAUCCACGCAUGGGGAAGCUGAGUGGA